AUGUUAAAUCGCCUUUCAAAAGACAUAGUCAGUAUUGGUUUAACAAAAUGGGGAACUCUAACUCCAAGAACUAGAGAUCUGUUAUCGGAAAAAUUUACACAGCAAGAAAAUGGCAUAACUGAUGACGCAAACGAAGAAGACUAUAAAUUUCCUCGAGAAAUAUUGACAACAACUGAUACUCAGACAAUAGAACCACAUCAUACAUAUAUGCUAUUGUUCGAUGAUGGUGAAUUAGAUGGUUAUAUAGGCGAUCAACAGCGACUUAAGUUCGUACAAGAGGCAUCCAACAAUGAAAACAAAUGCUAUGCGGUAACAGUUAUUGUUGAAGGAGGUAUAAACACAUUGGACGUGAUACUAAAUGAUUUAGAAGACAAUCGUCCUGUUGUGAUUAUAGACGGUAGCGGUAGAAUGGCUGAUGUAUUAAGCGAUUUGCUCGAGCAAAAUCCUGAUGGGUAA